GGCCACAGCAGCGCCGGGUGUGGGGAGCAGAGGAGAGGGCUUUCAGGAGACAAAGGCUCUGCCUGGGGGCCGUGGGCGUGGGCCGGCGCCUCCAGGGUCUUUGUGCCACCAUGUUGUCCUCCCUGUUGGUGCUGCUCCUGGCCAUAGGCAGAGGACAGACAACUCGGCCAUGUUUUCCUGGAUGCCAGUGUGAGGAAGAGACUUUUGGCCUCUUUGACAGUUUCAGCCUGACUCGAGUGGACUGCAGCAGCUUGGGCCCCCACAUUGUGCCUGUGCCCAUCCCUCUGGACACAGCCCAUCUGGACCUGUCUUCCAACCGGCUAGAGACCGUGAAUGAGUCAGUGCUGGCAGGGCCAGGCUAUACCACACUGGCUGGCCUGGAUCUCAGUCACAAUCUGCUCACCAGCAUCGUGCCCACUGCCUUCUCCCGCCUGCGUUACCUGGAGUCGCUCGACCUCAGCCACAAUGGCCUGGCAGCCUUGCCAGCUGAGAUUUUCACCAGCUCCUCCUUGAGUGACGUCAACCUCAGCCAUAACCGACUACGGGAGGUCUCGAUAUCUGCCUUCUCUACCCACAGCCAGGGCCGGGCACUGCACGUAGACCUUUCCCACAACCUUAUCCACCGCCUGCUCCCCCAUCCAGCCAGGGCCAGUCUGCCUGUACCUACCAUUCAGAGCCUGAAUCUAGCCUGGAACCGGCUCCACACUGUGCCCGAUCUCCGAGACCUUCCCCUGCGUUACCUGAGCCUGGAUGGGAACCCUCUGGCCACCAUCAACCCCGGUGCUUUCAUGGGGAUGGCAGGCCUCACCCACCUGUCACUGGCCAGCCUACAGAGUGUACUCCAGUUAGCACCCCAUGGCUUCCGUGAGCUCCCAGGCCUGCAGGUCCUGGACUUGUCAGGCAACCCCAAGCUCAAGUGGGCAGGAGCUGAGGUGUUUUCAGGCCUGGGCUUGCUGCAGGAACUAGACCUGUCGGGUACCAGUCUGGUACCCGUACCUGAGAUGCUGCUCCAUCACCUCCCUGCUUUACAAAGUGUUAGUGUAGGCCAAGAUGUGCAGUGCCGGCGCCUGGUGCGGGAGGGUGCAUACCCUCGGCAACCUGGCUCCAGCCCUAAGGUAGUCCUACACUGUGGAGACACCCAGGAAUUUGCAGCCAGGGGCCCAGACAUCUUGUGACAAAUGGUGUGGCCUGGAGCCACUUGACAGACUGCUGCCCUGGGCUUGCUCAGGUCCUGACUAACUUAUAUUUUAAUAUGCCAAUGCCUGUGCAGAGUCUACAGGCCUAGGUGAUGGCAUCUCAGUAAAGUUGUGGGCCAGGGAUAGCUUUCGUACCUGGGGCCUAUACCCAGUAACAAAAUCUACCCAUUUGUCUCCAUGGCUCAUUUCCCAGAACUAUGAGCAGAGGGACUUUGAUGCCAAACCAGACUCUGGUCCCUUCCUGAGCCCUGCCCCAGUUGUCCCUAAGUGCCUUCCUUUUGCCUGGACUGACCUGACCAUGAUGAGAGAGGGUGGUAGGUGGGCGGGCAAUACCAUCACAGACGCUGCCUCGGGUCCUCUAGCUGACGGCUCCUUUGAGCUCAGUGUCUGGGCCUAUGAGACCUAUGAGGCCUACUUCUUCCUUUUCUCAUGGAAUCUUGGGUAGACUAUUAAGUAUAGAAGGACUUAGAAAAUCAAAUCCACCCUCCUUGGAGGACAGAUGGGAGUAUGGGACCAAGAGCAGCAAACGUGCUCACCUGGGGUCUUGGAGGUAUGAAGAGCCAGCCUCCCGCUGAGAUUGGGGGCUGUGUACUUUCCUCUCUGUCAUCCUCUCCCCUUGCUGGAUGACCUGUUACCAUGGUCUGUACUUUUUCCCAUUAUGCCCAGUGGCAGCAACAACAGGGUCACAGAGGUCUAAUGGCCAGCUUAUGGUAUGAGCAAAGUCAUUCUACCUUUCAGAGCCUCAGGAAGCUUGAGAUAUAUCAGUCCCAAGCCUGUCAGUUUCUUAUUGUGGGGUGGGGAGUCCCCUAGCAUCAAGACUGGAAACUUGCACAUUUUCCCUAGAGACCCUGUUUCAAGAUGCUUCCUAAGAGGUCAGUGCAAUUGUGGCUAUCUGGCUGUGAGCUCCAAGGGGACUUGUGGACUUGGUGUCCAUGGGCCAGAGCCUAAAGACCCACUUAAUCCUCCAGAAGUUUGGCAGAAAGAGACAGGGUUUCCCAUCACAUUAUGGUUAUCCCCUAGGUGACAUCUCAGCUCUCUAGCCCUGGACUCUUUCCUUCAUCUUCAUUUUAUAAGAGUCAUUGCCUUUUCUUAAUGAGCUGUCAUUUUUAACCCUCACCUCUGCUGGCCGGGGAUGGAGACGACGAUAAAUGUAUUUGUUCACUUUUCUAAGACUGUUCUGGAAAUAUAUUGGGGUUGUUGGGAAAGAAGCCGUCUGCUAUCAGUGACCAUGUGGGCACUGGGGCUGGCCCCAGGGAUGCUCACAAGGCAGUGAGAGCUCUGUCUUCCCACACCGGCCCAGCCUAGCCCCUGAUUGGUCCUUGGUUUAAUAAAUACAUAGAAGAGUUUUUUCCAUCCCA